AUGGCAAUUACGAUACUUGCGCCAGCUCCAGCUGGAGUGCCCUACCUCAGAGAAAACUCCUCAGAUUCCGAAGAUGGUGGUGCUGAUCUGGAAGGAGAUCAUGACAUGCGCCCUGCCAAACGCGCGCGACACAAGAAAGACGUUGUAACUCCCGGCGAAAUAGUCACUGAUGAUCCCCAAUGGAUGAGAGGCCACGGUACAUACAUCGCACCUGCCUCGACAGAAAUCAUAGCUACAGUAGCUGGCACCGUUCAAAAAACCAACAAGCUCCUCUCCGUCCGACCCCUACGCGCUCGAUAUACCCCCGAGAUCGGUGACCUGGUCGUAGGUCGUAUCGUCGAAGUACAGUCCAAGCGCUGGCGCGUCGAUGUCGGCGCUCCUGUGCUGGCAGAUCUACCACUCUCGGCCAUUAACCUCCCCGGAGGCAUUCUACGAAAGAGAACAGAGACAGACGAACUUCAAAUCAGAACCUUCUUCAGUGAAGGCGAUUUGCUGGUUGCUGAAGUACAGAGUUUACGUCAGGAUGGAAGCGCUAGUUUACAUACGAGGAGUUUGAAGUAUGGGAAGUUGAGGAAUGGGGUUUUUAUGAGUGUCAGUGGGACGGGAGGCGGUGGUGGUGUGGUUAGGGCUAGGAGACAGGUCUGGACGAUUGAUACUGUCAAUGCGGGCGGGAAGGUCGAUGUGGUUCUGGGUGUCAAUGGAUACAUAUGGAUCAGCAAGCACGUCGAAGUCGCUGGGGGUGAUACAGCAAUCACCAGAAUGGAGGAGAGCGUCAGCAGUACUGUCUAUUCCAGUCAGAACGACGAGAUUGCCCGCGAGACCCGGAAGGAGAUCUCGCGGAUUAGGGGGGUUAUAAAUUUAUUGGUGGAGGAGGGGUUGAGGGUUGAUGAAGACAUGGUUAUGAAGGGAUACGAGGCUGCAAUCAUGAUUGAUGGCGAAGAAGCUGGGGAAAGCAAUACCUAUCUUGGAGGCGAGAAGGGCAAGAAAGUCUUGGGCUUGUUGAGUGGCCCCUGA